AUGUCUAACAUUUCCGGCAAUCCCAUUACGGCGGAAACAACCACAAUCUCCGCCUUCCACAGCGACAUAAUCCAAACAAACAUUCUCACGCGCCUCGACGGUUCCGCUUUAGCCUCCGUCGCUAGCACGUGCUCCCGAUUCCACUAUCUCUGUUCCACCGAACACCUCUGGGAAAACGCGUGCUACUCCACGUGGCCUUCAACCAACACGCCAUGUGUUCGCCACGCAAUCUCCACUUUUCCCAAUGGUUCCCGCUCUUUCUUCGCGGACUGUUUCUCCUCUCAUUAUUUGGCAACAACAACAAUAGAAACCGCUUCGAUGAAUCUGGAUCGUACACCACGUUUAAUCUCGGCCGUUGAUAUUUUCCAUCGCAAACGUCUUGUGUUUUCGAAAGUUGUUGAGACUGAAACCGUUACCGGGUGGUUCCGGUGCUCCCCGUUUCGUGUUGACAUGCUCGAAAUAAAGGACGUGAUUAAGUGUCCGGUUCAGGACACGUGUCGUAAUCUUGGGGAGGAGUUGAGGCUGAGCUGGAUUUUGAUCGAUCCGGUGAGUCGGCGGGCGGUGAACGUGUCGAGUGGGAAAGCAGUGACAGUGCAGCGACACUGGCUGAGCGGAGAGGUGAAUUUGCAGUUUGCGACGGUGGUUUAUGGAGAGAUAGCGACGGCGUUGGAGGUGGCGCUGUGUAGCGUGGUGGUGACGUUGGUAGAAGAGAGUAUGGAAGUUAGAGAGGUUAGUUUGCAAGUUGAGGACAUGGAUGGAAAACACGUGAAUGGGAGGGAUAGUUUGGUAAUUUUGAAGAGGGCGUUGGAAGGUGGAAGGAAUUGGAAGGGAGAUGGGGAGGAAGGUCAUAGGGAAUUUGUGAAGAAGAAAAAAGAGAGGGAGGAAAGAAAGAAGAGGGCAGAAAGGAGAUUGGAUAUGCUGUGUCUUUGUGUGGGCCUUGUUUCAUUGACCUUUGUUGCAUUCUUUGCUUUGUGA